UCACGAAGCAUUGAUACCGUAUUGUCAUUAUGUAUUUUACUUGGAUACUCGUGAUACUAUGCAUUGGAAUAUCACAUGGACAGCGAAUCCCAGACGAAAGUUCUCAGGGUCAGCAAAUGCAUCUGUAUUGUACCAACAGAGACCAGCAUUCUGUCCUUACAGAUCAAACAGUUUUUCGUGGAAAAGCUGGGCCACGAGGACCACCAGGAGAGGUGGAAUACCAUAUUAUAAAUGAAACCAUAAAAGAUUAUCUCACUGAUAUUUCAGGAGAGAUUCAAGCAAAACUGACUCAAAUUGGUCCGAUUGUUGAGAAAUCUAGCGAGGACAUAGAGGAUUUAAAAGCAGCAUCCGGACAUACUCAAACAAAACUGACUGGAAAUCGAAAACAGAUAUUGAAGGAUUGA